CAGGAACCCAGCUUCCUGCUCAGUACCCAGGCAUCCAGCCCCCAGCUCACCCCCCACCCCUUCCAGCCCCCAUUCCCCUCAGGAACCCAGGGUUCCGGUCCUCCUUCCAAAUUCCAGUCACCCCUCCCCCAUCAGUAUCUCUUCCCAAGACCAGGGAUGGAGGCUGAAAGACCCCAGGAAGAAGAGGAUGGUGAGCAGGGUCCCCCGAAAGAUGAUCAGGGUUGGCCCCCUGUGAACUCCACCACUCGGCCUUGGCGAUCUGCUCCUCCCUCCCCUCCUCCUCCAGGAACCCGCCACACAGCCCUGGGCCCCCGGUCGGGCUCCCUGCUCUCCCUGCAGACCGAGCUCCUUCUCGACCUGGUGGCUGAGGCCCAGUCCCGCCGCCUAGAGGAACAGAGGGCCACCUUCCACACUCCUCAGGUCCCCCCAAGCCUAGCCCCAACCCCACCCCGGCUUCUUGAGGACAAAGAACAGCUCUACAGCACCAUCCUUAGUCACCAGUGCCAGCGGAUGGAAGCCCAGCGGUCAGAGCCGCCCCUCCCCCCCGGGGGACAGGAGCUCCUGGAGUUGCUACUGCGAGUUCAGGGUGGAGGUCGAAUGGAGGAGCAGAGAUCCCGGCCCCCUCCACACACCUGCUGAGACCUAACUCCAAACCAGCCCUUCUCUCUGGGACUCAAAGCUGGGCCACCCGGCAUAUCUUCAACCCUGUGUGGCAGGGGUACCACAAACCAGAGACUGAAGACCCGGCAGUAUUCACCACCCACUUCCCCAGGGAACUGGACUUGGGGCAAGUACUCUGACUUUGAAAAUAAGCAAGGUAGGGUGGACACAGCUCUAUCCUGAGCUAUCAAACUACUAAACAGGGUGUGAGGGCUGAGGCCUGCCCCUUUCUGCCUCGUAAGAAAAAAAGAAAAAAAUUAAGACAACUGUCCGCCACUAGCACCCCAAGUCCGAAGGCAGAGGGGCCCAGAGGCCUUAGCGAACCUUAGCCCCGCCCAUCCCCCUGCUGCUGAGUCUGUCUGAUGUUUUGGUUGUAUGAAUAAAUAUAAUUCCCCUCUGGACUGAAG